UUUGGUAUAUUCAAAAAAAUAAAGAUUGAAAAAUUAUUAAAGAGGAUUGCCCUUAUCGUAUAGAAUAAUAAAAGUUAAUUAUAUUGUACUGCUCUGUCAUUUCCUGUGAAUAAUUGAAAAAAGGGAUUAAUUAAGAUUACUUAAUUCGAAUAGGUUAAUAGAUUCGGUUGCUUUGGACGAUGUAAUGAAUAACGAAUGGAUUAAAUAGAAAGAGAUAACCACUAAAACUACAAACCAGUAUACUAAUAAAGCGAUUUUAAUGGAAAAAAGGACAUCCAUAUGGCUUCAAAUUUCACAUCAGUGCUGAAGUACACGUGAAGACGUUAUUAAGCUGCAUGUUAUUUGGAUUUCAUAUUCAGCUAAGGAAAGCUUUCUUAGUCAAUAGACACGUCUAGCUGAAUCCUCAUCUAUAUCCUUAAGCUGUCAUGAGAAAAUACUUUUUAAUGCAAAUUUAUUGUUUUUUUUUCUGCUCUGUUUUGAAUAUUUGCGAUGGGAACAGUGUUGAGCAUUAAUCCUAAGGAUCGCCAAAAUCCAAUUUAUUCUGGUCAACAUUAUUUUCAAUACCGACAACAAGCGGAGUCAAAAAAGGAGUAUAAUACUGACAACGUUCAUGCAAAUGAUUCACAGCUUAACAACUUCUCAUAUGAACAAUUAAAUAAUGCGAAAAAUCGUGAGAAUAGAAAAGUUCAUUGCUCUCAUUUUUCAAAAAAUGGCAAUAGCAAUCACAACGGAUGUUCAAGUGUUAAGAUAAGCAACUUGAAUUCAAAUAAUAUUCACCAAAUAAAUAAUAGCACCAAAGACACCAUAAAUAACGAUUUAGAUCUUCACAAUGAAAACACAAUAAUAUUAUCUGAAAAGAGUAGCAUAGAAAAAAACUUAAAAAAGCAUUCAAUAUUUAUGAAUGCACUAUCCUGGAAAAAGAUUUCAUCUCACAGCAAGAAGAAAAAUGAAACCAAAUCAAAAUGUUCGAAUCUUCCCGUUGGGAAUUGCAAGACACAGUUUACUGACUCCAAUUAUACAUCCAUGGGAGACAAAAACAAAAACUCUCGUCAAAACUUUAUAUAUAUGGAUGACCAUCAAACGUUUAAUUCUGAAAUUAGUCAAGAAUCGUGCUUACGUUACUUAUCAUCGAAAGAUAAAAUAAAAAACACAUUGGACAUUGUUAAAGCAAACAAUACCAAUAAUAUAUUGAAUUAUAAUAAGCUUGUACAAAAGCAGCCCUUGGCAAUAUCAUUGCCUACUCAAUUACAAUCGUCGACCUUGCAAACAAAAAUCAACAAUAAUGGACCCAGAAAAACUGUAAUACAGGCAUCUACUUCCGAACUUCUUAAGUGCUUGGGAAUAUUUUUGCACUAUCGAUGCAGAAAACUUAGAAAUUUUGAAGCAGGAGAUGCGGUAAUGUGGCUUCGUACCGUCGAUAGAAGUCUUUUGUUGCAAGGAUGGCAGGAUGUGGCUUUUAUCAAUCCGGCUAAUGUUGUGUUUGUUUACAUGUUGGUUCGCGAGUUAGUAAAUGGGGAGGAAACAAAGGAGUGCGAUUUACAAGCUGCUGUACUAACAUGUUUAUAUUUGUCAUAUUCGUACAUGGGAAAUGAAAUAAGCUAUCCUCUAAAACCAUUUCUUGUCGAGGAUUCAAAGGAAAAAUUUUGGGAUCGAUGCUUACUGAUAGUGAACCGUUUAAGCACAAAGAUGCUUAAAAUUAACGCUGAGCCAGGAUUUUUCACUGAAGUUUUUACUGAACUUAAAUCGUGUGGUCAACUGGUUUCAAGUUCGAACCGCUCCCUUUCCUGCGGAGCUGCUUGACGCAUUUUUAUUGCAGAAAUCACGAUUCGACUAACAUUUUCUGCACAACAUUAUGAUAACCGUAUAUAUAAACUUUGUUGUAAUUGAUAUACAUAAAUCGAUAAAAACAA